AUGUUGUAUAAAGGAAUUGUUGAUAACCGCAAACGGGAGAUGACGGGUGACGAUCGACGAGCUUGUGAAAACUUGCCGUUACAAAAAUACAUAUCUUACCACUUUCUGCUUAGGGAUUCCUUGAUCAGUAAUGGUUGUUUGGAAAAACCAGGUUGUAUUUGGAAUGCGGAUGAAACUGGCUUCAACAUUGGUGCAAACAAGAGCAAAGUUAUAGGUCCAUCCCGUAAGGAUAUUCCUGUGCCUCAAAUAAGCGCUGGAAAGCAACGUCUAACUGUGAUGUACUGUGGCAAUGCAUCAGGACAAAUGAUGCCACCAUUAUUUGUUUUUCCUGAGCCCAAACCUAGAGCAUAUGAUCCAUUAAAUAGAGCUCCAGAAGGAAAUUAUAUUGCCUAUACGAAGAAAGGCCGGAUGGACGGCACAACAUUUUCAAAAUUUAGUGAUCACUUCGAUAAGGUUGCUGGUAUUGAGCGACCUGUUGUGUUACUUUUAGACAAUGUUGGCAGUCACAUUAGCCAAGAAGUGUUUGUGAAAGCAAAGAAAAAGGACAUUUUGCUGUAUCGCAUUGUCCCCAAUACGACACAUUUGAUGCAACCCUUUGAUAAGGUGUAUUCGGUCCUUUGA